AUGCUACGCACAACAGGACUGCAGUGGGGAGCACCACCAUGGGUGCUUAAGAGGUGGUGGUACCAAGCAAUUACAGAAAGAAUUGUUCUCUACGGCGCAGCGAUCUGGGGAAAUACACUCAACGUAAGCAUGCGUAGAUUACUCCUGUCCAUGCAAAGGCUGCAACUCUUGCUCAUCUGCAAGGGCUACAGAACUACUUCAACGACAGCUCUGCAGGUUCUGGCAGGAAUUCCUCCGCUAGACCUGCAAGCGGAAAGGGAGUCGUUAAUUGCAAGAGUGUUAAGGCUAGAUGGCUCAAAAACCGAGACGGGUACUGGCAGUGCCUUCUGCGUUUUAAAAGGUGAUACAGUUGUGUAUAAAUGGAAAAGAAGACUUGGCAGUAGGAACUCAGUAUUCCAAGCUGAGCUGGCAGCACUUAAAGCAGCGAUUAAUUAUGUGAAGAGGAACAGACUUACCCAAAUUACUAUUUACAGUGAUUCUGCCUCUAGCCUUGACGCAAUCAAAGGUUACAAAAGCAGAAGCCAGUAUGUCCAAGAACUUAGAAAAAUCCUCCUCAGUCUUCUGCCAUCAGAAAGGCCAUGCCUCACGUGGGUUCCGGCUCACGUGGGCAUUAAAGGCAAUGAGGAAGCAGACACCCUGGCAAAAGAAGCGGCAAAGGAGGUCUCAAGAACAGAACUGCCAGAUAAAUUACCUAGGUCUCAUCUCAAAAAGAUCACUCUAAAACAACUGAUAGACAGAUGGCAAGCCAGAUGGGACACAGCGGAUACAGGAAGGAGAACAUAUAUGUUAUUCCCAAAAACAACGCUAGAGUUAAAUUGCAAUAGUGGUAGUCAGACACAGUUUUAUACAGGUCAUUGCCCAUUCCUGACCUAUCUGCAUAGAAUCAGCCUGAGUGACACAGAAAGAUGUCAAUGUGGAGAGGUAAGGGAUCCAGACCACUACGUCUUCCACUGCACAAACACGACACAAUAUCAUAUAAGAAAGCCAAGUCAACCUUACUGGCCACAAUGGGCGGCAAAUAUGAGAACAAACAAAGCAGCAAAUAAAAAGCUACAAGCGGUAAUCAGCCAUUGUCAGACAAAGUAUUCUCUAAUACGACGAUAA